CCAAUACCCCAGUAAACCCCUUAACCCCGCAUGAAGCCGUACAUAUAACCCCCCCCGAUCGCCGUGCACACAGUGGUAUAACCAACACAAACAAUAUAGUAAAAUGCCCCAAAAAAACCCCAAAUGUAGGACUAUCCAUCCACCGAAUAUGAUCCCUAAUAGCAAAAUACUAAUAGCCAUCCAUCCGUCUAUCUUCACCAACAGCCGUCCGUACGAUCCACAAAAGACGGACACGGAGCCAUCAUCCACCACACAAAAACCACACAUCUUGCCCAGAUACCACUCCAUAACCCCAUCACAACACACCAUCUUCACUCUUCACCACCUCCAUCCAUCAGGGACGACCUCCCCCCUCCCCCAGCUCCAAGCCCAUAUAUCCGACGACGACAACACAUACCUCGCCCGAACCUUCCCAUGGAAACCUCAGAACGAUGUAGAUGUCGUCAUCGCUGGCUUUAUGUCCUCGGAACUUAACGACGGGGUGUGGAGCUCCCCCCCCCCCUCCGACAGAACUCCUUCGACUAAUGGUGAUGACUUAGGUACCCACCCCAAACCUUCUUGUAGAAGGCGCGGUUUGUGUCAUUGGAGCUCAGCCGGGGGUGUAUAUAGCAGUGUGAGAACACCCUUCAUUACUUUCCUUUCCUUCCACCCGGAAUAUCCUCCACCCUCCACUCCACGCAAAAAAAACGAUCACAGAGGUAUACACCCCCCUCCCAACCGCGACCGAAGCAGAGACUCGUAUGUGCCACCCCCCCCCCCCCCCCCAAGUCAGCAGACCUCAUCAAUAUAA